AUGCGUAAUGAGUUGAGUUUGCUUGUAACUGCACAUAAAAAACAGCUAGAGACUGAUUAUCUUAAUGACAAUGAAUGCGAGAUUGUAGAUAACAUGGUUGAAAUAUUAGAACCUAUGCUUGUUGCGAUGGAAUUACUAUUAUCUAGCUCAUAUCCAUCUAUUUUCGAUAUCUAUUUAAACUUUUUAGAACUUCUUCAUCAUCUUAGUAAGUUUUUAGAUAAUGAAUUGCACAUGACAGAUCAGUAUAUGAUAGCAGAUUCUAUUUGGUCUAAGCUGAAUGAAUAUUGGUAUAUGCUUGAAGAAUCGACUACAAUUGCCACAAUUCUCUAA